UGACACGAGCGAGGGGGCAGUGCUUCCGGAUAGGAACGGGGUGACCUGAGCGCCACAGGAAUCUGUGGCGACCGCAGCCAUGGGGGCGCACCUGGCCAGGCGCUACCUGGGCGACUCCUCCGUGGAGCCAGACCCCCUGCGGAUGCCCACCUUCCCGCCCGACUACGGCUUCCCCGGGCGCAAGGAGCGCGAGAUGGUGGCCACGCAGCAGCAGAUGAAUGACGCACAGCUGGUGCUCCAGCAGCGAGACUACUGCGCUCACUACCUGAUCCGGCUGCUCAAGUGCAAGCGCGACAGCUUCCCCAACUUCCUGGGCUGCAAGCACGAGCAGCACGACUGGGACUACUGCGAGCACCUCGACUACGUGAAGCGAAUGAAGGAGUACGAGCGGGAGCGGCGGCUGCUCCAGCGAAAGAAGCGGCGGGAGCAGAGGGAGGCGGAUCUGGCCAGAAGCCAGGUGGCUGCGUAGUGGGCCCGGCCACCGCCCUUGGACGAGGGGAGAAAUAAAAGCUUCGGCCUCAGCCCAA